AUGUCUUCUUCCGCGUCGUGUUCGGUAGCAGUGGCAGCAGCAGCAUCAGGGCUCCCGGUGAAACGGCAUCGGAACACCUUCCUGCUGCCGCUGCAACAGCAACAUCAAGAGCAGAAUCGACUACCGGUAGCGGAGGAGGAAGCACUAGGCCUCGCGAAUGCAGCACCACCGCAACAACAACGCAGCAACAAUAGCAGCAACGAAGAUAGCAAUAAUGACGAUGACCAGGCAGCAGCAAUAGCAGCGGCGGAAAACGAUAGACUAGACGCCGGACCGCUCGCGCUGGUGAUCCUCAACACCCAAGGCGAGGGCGAGAGCGAAGGCCUGCUGCGCCACCUCUGGGGGAGAGCAGACCUCCGCGUGUGCGCGGACGGGGGCGCCAAUCGGCUCCACGACAGCUUCGGUGGCGGCGGCGGCGGCGGCGACGUCGAAGAUCGACACCAAGAUAGGGCGCGCUUCGUCCCCGACAUCAUCGUCGGCGACCUCGACUCUCUACGACCGGAGGUGGCCCGCUUCUACGAAGGUUUGGGCUCGGAGAUCAAGCUCCGCGACGACCAGGACCACUGCGACUUCGAGAAGUGCUUGGUAGAGGUAGAGAGCCGGCUGUCCUCGCCGCCACCAUCGGCGGCAGCUGGCGGCGGCGGCGGCGGCAGCGCCCCGUGCGGCGCCACCGUGGUGGGCCUCGGAGCGUUUGGCGGCCGCUUCGACCACGAGAUGCAAGCGGUCAGCCUCCUGCACGCGUACACCUCUCGCUUCCACCGGCUCGUGCUCAUGGGCGCCGGGAACGUCGCCUUCCUCCUCCAGCCGGGGCUCAGCCACGCCGUGCAGCCGGACUCGAGGUUCGAAGGGCCGACGGUGGGACUCCUGCCGGUUGGCGGCCCAUGCCGAGCGGUAACCACGGAGGGGCUGCGGUGGAACUUGGACGGGGGGGGGCUGGAGUUCGGGGUCUGCGUGAGCUCGUCGAACCGCGUCGUGGGGGACGUGGUCCGGGUGGUGACGGACGCGCCGCUGGUUUGGACGGCGGAGUUUAAGGCCGCGGCGUGGAUGGACGCGGUCUCCUUCGCCGAAAACGACUGA